AUGGCCAAGAUCCAGCCCCUUCAUUCCUCUCCCUGCUCCACUUCUUCCUCCGGAGUUCAACAGGGCAGGCAGGCGUACACGGUGUGGAUGAAGUCGCUGGUCUUCAACGGCAACGGCUGCGCGGUGUACGGCCCCGACGGCGCCGUCGCCUUCCGCGUCGACAACUACGGCUGCAGGGGCGGCCGCGAGGCCCUCUUCAUGGACCGUCAAGGGAACGCACUCAUUAGGAUCAGACGCAAGGGCUUCUGGACGUUCAGGAUGUGGGAGGUCUGCCGCUGCACCCACGACGGCAGCGAGGAGGAGGAGGCGACGCCGUGGUUCAGCGUGCGUCGUGCUAAGAAGGGCGGGGCCGUCGUGGCGAUGCACGGUGGCGCAAGGACGUGCUACAGGAUGGACGGGUGCUCCGGCGCGCGCAAGCCCGAGUACAGAGUCCGCGGCGUGGAUGGCUCGGUCGUGGCGGAGGUGGCGCGGAAGCAGACGUCGGCGGGGGUGGUGCUGGGGGAGGACGUGCUGACGCUCACGGUGGCGCCGGAAAUGGAUCACCUGCUCGUCCUGGGCUUGGUCGUCGUGCGUGGUCUCAUCAACCGCUCCUUGUGA